UUUCACAAAGUUACCGCCCUGAGAGGUUGAAGUUAGACCGAAAGUUACACGUUUUGUUUCGCCGAGUUCACGCAAAAGGAUUAGAUCUGUCUAAUUUCUUAUAAAACAUUUUUAUUAAUCAUUAGGGAAAAUGCCCCAGCGGAUUGUCAUGCAGGGUCCUGGACCUUGGGGAUUUAGACUGGUCGGUGGUAAAGAUUUCGAACAGCCUCUGACUAUUUCACGGGUAACCCCAGGAAGUAAAGCAGCCCAGGCCAGCCUCUGUAUUGGCGACACUAUUAUUGCCAUUGAUGGUGAGCCGACGGAGGGAAUGACUCACUUGGAAGCGCAGAAUAAGAUCAAGGGUUGUGUCGAAGAAAUGGUCCUCUCUAUAGACAGAUCAGAACUGAAAACAUGGUCUCCCCUUGUCUCUGAAGAUGGGAAGACACAUCCAUACAAGAUGAGUCUGGCCUCAGAAUCGCAGGAAGUGAAACACAUAGGUUCUGCUCACAACAGGAGUGCUCUUCCGUUCAAUUCGCCAGCUGGUUCCAAGGUGGUUACAAGCCAAUAUAAUAAUCCAGCUGUCUUGUACUCUUCUGAUAACAUCAAGAACUUUAACAGUGCUGUUGGUGGUGCCAAGACCAUUAUGACAUCCAGCGAACCAAGUAAUAAUCCAGAUCUCUCCAAACCUGUCCAGCCAAAACCAUCAAUUGCUGUUGACUCCGAAGUCUAUAAAAUGCUGAAUGAGAACCAAGAGUCAUGUGAGCCUCCACGUCAGUCUGCAUCAUUCAAAGUCCUGCAGGAAAUCCUUGAGACUGGUGAUUCUGACAAGCCAUCUGGGUUUAGAAGUGUGAAAGCACCCACUACAAAAAUUGCUUCUUCCCUAGGCAGUACUGAGAAACUCUCCAUCUGUGACAAAUGUGGCUCAGGGAUUGUGGGCAUGUUUGUCAAACUGCGAGAUAAGUACCGCCACCCUGAGUGCUAUGUCUGCACUGACUGCGGAACAAACCUGAAACAGAAAGGACACUUUUUCGUCGAGGACAAGAUUUACUGUGAAAAGCAUGCACGUGAACGAGUGACCCCUCCUGAGGGUUAUGAUGUCGUCACUGUCUUCCCAAAAUAGAUGCUUCUCCAGUGAUGCUUAGAAACUGCACAUUUCCCUGUUUUGAGGAAUUCUGUACAAAUUGUAAACACUUCAUGUGGAUAGUUUUUCAUUGUAUUUUGUCAGCGUGUUUUGAAAAAGUAAACAAUUACAUCUAUUGAAAUUCAUACACUACAUAUAUCCAUUAGAAUAUCUACUUACUCAUUGUAUCAAGGAGACUAUCCUCAUGAAGUGCUUCUAAUAUUAGACAUUCCAGUUUCGUAGACAUUCCAUAUGUGAGGCAGUGAAACAUAAGUCCAUUGGUGCUAUGUUUAUGUCCAAGUCCUUGUGAAAAUACUAAUAUUAAAAAGGACAAGGUGCCACAUCUUCCACUUCCACUUGCAUAUAAAGGAAAGUAAAUAUGUUACAGUGGUAAACUUGGACGUUUCUGGCACAUUUACUGUAACUAUAAAGGAUUUGAUGUUUGGGACCAAUAAUUUUAUCUCACUGGAAAAGUGAAAAAUCUCAGUGCUUCAGCUUUCUCUGGAAACUCCAUGUAUCAGCAAUAAUACCAGAUCAUUUCAUUUUAUCUAGUUUGUUUUCUUAAGGACUGUUUGUCAAGUAAAGUAUUAUGUCCUUGCUGCCAAUUGCUUUUCUGCAAACUUUGUAAUAAAUAUGACUGAAUCAAAUUAAUUCUUUUUAAUGCCUUCUACAUACAUUGUUUUAACUCGCAGUACAAUAAAUAAAAUAAAGCAAUCCAUGGACCCAA